UUAAAAAAGAUAAAUAAUCUAAAUCGGUAAAAACUUCUUGCGGUCAGUCGAUCACUACCAUUUCUCCGGUCAAAACACACUAAGAAUGGACCUACUGGAAACGGUGUGUGGUUAGCAGGUGAUUCCAACGGUCAAUAAUCAAGUAUGCGCUUGAUAACCUUGUAUUUAGAUUUAGCGCACAAUAGCUCAACUGCCAUAUGAACAAUUAUCUUUAACUCCAUGGAUGCGCGUUACUCCCAUUUUACCAUUUCCCCCGCCUGAUUCGUUAUUGGUCGUUAUUAGUGUUUACAAUAUCAAACUGAUUGUUGGCCAGGUAUUUUCCUGACAAAAAUGUUGGUUACAGUGAAGCGUUAGAGUUUUGUAAAGGCAUUCAUAAAACAUUCUAUCUGAUCGAGAGAGAAGGCAUUACGACACAGUUUGGUUUGAGGUAUUAUAUUUGAAAUCUCAACUAUCUUUUGUGGAAAGAAUGUCUGAAGGAACAAGUCUGUUGAUGGAAACUUCUGAGAAUGGCACAGAUAUGUCGCCAGAUGAUGCUAGUACUGUAGAGGAAAUACCCGAAAACACAAUUUUAUCUCAUCAAACUUCCGUGAACCUUGUUCCAUUUAUUGGACAAAGAUUUGUUUCUCAAGAUGCUGCAUAUGAAUUCUACUGCAGCUUUGCAAAGCAAUGUGGUUUUUCAAUCAGACGUCAUCGUACUAGAGGGAAAGAUGGAGUUGGGAGGGGAGUAACGAGGAGGGAUUUUACCUGCCAUUGUGGUGGCUAUCCACAAAUGAAACCAUCAGAUGAUGGAAAACUACAAAGGAACAGGAAAUCGUCCCGUUGUGGUUGUCUAGCCUACAUGCGGAUAGUUAAAAGGGCUGAUUUUGAUGUCCCUGAGUGGCGAAUUACAGGCUUUAGUAACACGCAUAACCAUGAACUGUUGAAGUCAAGUGAAGUGGGUCUUCUUCCUGCAUAUUGUAUCAUAUCUGCAGAUGACAAGACUCGCAUCUGCAUGUUUGCAAAAGCUGGGAUGUCUGUGCGACAAAUGCUAAGAUUGAUGGAGCUAGAGAAAGGUUUAAAGCUAGGUUGCUUACCUUUCACGGAGAUAGAUGUAAGAAACCUAUUGCAGUCAUUCAGAAACGUCGAUCGAGAUAAUGAUGCUAUUGACCUUCUUGCAAUGUGUAAGAACAUCAAGGAUGAAAGUCCUGACUUUAAAUAUGAUUACAAGAUUGAUGUGCAUAACAGAUUAGAGCACAUUGCCUGGUCUUAUUCUUCAUCUCUUCGAUCAUAUGAGGCCUUUGGAGAUGCUGUGGUUUUUGAUACAACCCAUCGCUUGGAUGCCUAUGAUAUGUCUGUAGGAAUCUGGGUUGGAGUAGACAAUCAUGGAAUGAACUGUUUUUUUGGUUGUGUACUUCUAAGGGAUGAGAAUAUGCAAUCUUUCUCAUGGGCGUUGAAGGCAUUUUUGGGGUUUAUGAAAGGGAAGGCUCCACAAACCAUCUUGACUGACCAAAAUAUGUGGCUGAAAGAGGCAAUUGCCACGGAACUGCCGACUACCAAACACGCUUUUUGCAUCUGGCACAUCAUCGCAAAGUUCUCAGAUUGGUUUUCUGUACUUCUUGGGUCUCACUAUGAUAACUGGAAAGCUGAGUUUCAUCGGCUCUAUAAUUUGGAAACAGCGGAGGACUUUGAGGUGGGAUGGCAGGAGAUGGUUAAUGCAUAUCAGCUUCAUGAGAAUAAGCAUGUUGUUAGCUUAUAUGCAUUAAGGUCGUACUGGGCAUUAUCAUACUUGAGGCGUUAUUUUUUCGCAGGAUUGACAAGCACAGCCCAAUCAGACUCGAUAAAUACCUUCAUCCAAUGUUUCUUAAACGCACAGUCUCAACUUACUCAAUUUGUACAUCAAGUGGGGGUUAUUGCUGAGUUUAGAGAUCAUGCGGGAAUGAAACAAAAAAUGCAAAGAAAGCUCCGCAAAGUAAAUCUAAAAACAGGAUCACCUAUUGAAUCACAUGCUGCUAGUGUUCUUACACCUUAUGCUUUCAGUAAACUCCAAGAAGAGAUUGUUUUAGCUCCACAGUAUGCAUCAUUCCAGAUAGAGGAAGGUUGUUUUCAUGUGAGGCACCAUAGCCAGAUAGAUGGAGGGUGCAAAGUUAUCUGGGUCCCCACUGAAGACCACAUUAGCUGCAGUUGCCGUCAAUUUGAGUUUUCUGGCAUUGUUUGUAGACAUGUUCUUCAUGUCCUCUCAACAAAUAACUGUUUUAACAUUCCGGACCAAUAUCUACCCAGUCGUUGGCGUAUUUUCAGCCUGUCUUCUUCAAUGAAAUCUAAUCUAGCUACUUCAGAUAUGGAACAUGGAGAGAAAUUUCAGACGUUGCAGUCUAUGGUUUCAACACUUCUUGCUGAGUCAGUUGGAACAGAGCGCUUAGAAGUUGCAUGCCAAGGAAUAUCUAUGGUAUUAUCUAGCAUUAAGGAAUUUCCUAGAUCGUCUUCACAUGAUUUAACUGAUGUCAUUAACGAUAGUCCAUCAGAUUCAUUGAUUCUACCUGAAGUGGAAGAUUCAGAUGGUAUUGUUCAGAGCUUUACUGCUGGGAAUACUCAUGAAUCUCCUAUAAUAUCAGAGAAGUUGAAAGAAAGAUGGCAGAAGGAUGGACAUGACUUCUGUAGAAAACGAAGACGUUCUGUUCCCUGUUAUUGGCAGUUUGGGCUUGAUGCUACUGAUUGUCCAAUGAUGGGAGGUGAAGGCUUGAAUGUGGAUGGCCUUGGGUUCUUGUAGGUAAGAGUUUGAUUUUGGUCGAUCAUUUACAGUAGUAACUAUGUAGUGAUGAAUCUUCAUUCACCAACCUUUUGCUCCCCAAAACCCACAAUGAUCUUGCACCAACACAGAAAUUCUCAACCUAUUCAAAUGCAAUGAAAAAUGAAUGCAAUGAUAUAAGCUUUUUUGUCUCAUGCAAUGAUAUAUGCUUUUUUGUCUCACA